AUGCGUUUCUCAAACACAAGAACAACCACUUUUAAGUAUGAAAAUGUGAAUGUGCUACCAGACUCAAUAGAUUGGAGACAGAAAGGAGCAGUUACACCCAUCAAGAACCAAGGCUCAUGUGGAUGUUGUUGGCCAUGGGCGUUUUCUGCUAUUGCAGCAACUGAAGGAAUUCACAAGAUAAGUACAGGAAAAUUGGUCUCUCUCUCAGAACAGGAAGUUGUUGAUUGUGACACAAAGGGUACAGACCAUGGUUGCGAGGGUGGUUAUAUGGAUGGUGCUUUCAAAUUCAUCAUUCAAAAUCAUGGAAUUAACACUGAAGCCAGUUACCCUUAUAAGGGUGGUUGUGUAGCAGUGUCUCAACUUGAAUACUCAAGGGCGGUAGGAUCACUCAUGUAUGCAAUGAUUAGUACUAGGCCUGAUAUAGCUUAUGUUGUUGCUAAACUUAGUAGGUUUACAAGUAAUCCCAGUUCUCAUCAUUGGCAAGCUAUGAAUAGAGUAUUCAAGUACUUAAAGGGAACCAUUGACUAUGGUUUGACAUAUACUGGAUCUCCUUCGGUUAUUGAAGGUUACUCUGAUGCAAGUUGGAUAACCAAUAUGAAAGAUUAUUCAUCCACAAGUGGUUGGGUAUUCCUCCUUGAAGGAGGUGCUAUCUCUUGGGCAUCCAAGAAACAGACCUGCAUUACAAAUUCAACAAUGGAAUCUGAAUUUGUAGUUUUAGCAGCAGCUGGUAAAGAAGCUGAGUGA